AGAUCCAUCUUCUUGGCGACCGGAGUAUCUCUCCGGCAUCGUCUGAUAUGGCGAGCGUAGGAAGCUCCAAAGGGCGAAAGAACUGAGGAGGAGAAGGCGAGGUUAAGGGCUUUCAGGCGACGUCGGGUUGGGUCAGGUCGGCGAGAGAGAAGGCGUGUGUAGGCAAAGGUUUCGUGUGUGUGCGAAGGGGGUGGGUUUCAGAAAACCCAGAUCUGGAAAGUUUGAGGGUUUGGUACAGAUGGGGCGUGUGCAGGGUUGGUGUAUAAGUGAGCGACUGAGAAGGGGGUGGGUUUCAGAAAACCCAGAUCUGGAAAGGAAGAAGAAGGGAGAAGAAGGGGUGGGUUCGAAGGAUUGAGAAAGAGGAAAGGGAGAAGACGACAGCUGUUUCCGGUGUGGCGGAGCUUCCAAUACCCUACACUAGCCUCCGCCUCAUCAAUCGCCCAGACUGUAGAGGUCUUCCAUGCCUUGUCUUGAUUCUUUGAUUUCUUUUGUUUUUGAUACUUCUGUAACUAUGGAGGAUCGAGAUUGGGAUUUUUUGUACAGGAAUACUAUUACUUUAUCUUGUGCCGGUGGUGAGAGUUGAUAAUGGCUGAGAAAAGUAAGGCUGAUCAAUUGGCUUUGAGGUGUACGUCGCCCAGAAUCUGCAGACGUGGGUUCGAAACCCAGAUCUGCGAUGAGAUCACCUUCUUUUGAAACCCAGAUCUGGGUUUGAAACCCAGAUCUGGGGAGGAAGAAGGGAGAAGAGAGAGAGAGAGAAAGAAAGAACAAGAAGAAGAAAACAGAAAGAUGAUCUGAGUUUGAUUUUAAUUUUGCAGGAGUAGUAGUAGGUUUAGGGUUUUGAAUUUGAAAAGGAAAUGAAAAGAAACGAAGAUA